AUGGGAGAACUUUAACUUAUUUAAUUUAUAGUGUUUAUAGCCCAAGAAGAAAGAACCAGAAGAUAUAUAUUUUUUUUCUACAAAUAAAGCUGAUCAGUGGCCUUCUUUUUCAGGGUAGCUGACACAGUUCUCAGCACCACCCUACAGCUGCAUUUUGGGUUCAACAGACUUUUGUGGCUGGCCUGGGAAGCAGAUCACCAUUUAUAACAUUGUUUCUAAGGGAGACACAUUCCAAGAUCCAAACAAUGAAUUUAGUAAAGAAUGCUUGGCUUCCAGGCUGGAUGAGCUGGUCUGGCUGUACCUUGGGGGUUGACCUGUGGCUCCCUUCCCAUUUGGUCCGCAGACACUGCAGGGUUGGGGGUUGGCACGUGAAGGGGAGAGCUCCGAGCAGAUAGGGAACCUGCAGCCGGCUGUUCAAGGGCCUCCUGUGUGCUGGGGGCGCCAGGAGGUCCAGGGAUGGAAAAGGGGGAGGUGAGAAAUGGACAAAGAAACUUGGCCUCCUUGGCAUUGCUGUCACGUCUGGCCGGCCCGCCAAGUCGAAGGAGCCUGUUUAGCCCCUGUCCGGCUCAACCCCUUUUGGGAAUAAGCUGGGAUGUUAGAAAAAAAAAUAUCCCACAGCCUCUCCUGGGGAAUCCGGGCCGCUGGAGGUGGGCUUGGUGGGGCAGCGUGACUGUUCCCUGGGAGUGGCUGUCACAGCUCCGGGUGAACCAAGGAGCUUCGGCCAAGUCUCCGUCCCUCUUGGAGAGGGCAGCAGCGAGGUGAGGGGAGCCAGCUCAUCCUCCCCAACCCUGCACUCCCACCCCCUCCCCACCCCCAGCCCGGAAGAAUCGCUGGCGGCGGGAGCCUGGACUAGCUGGCGGGGAAGGGGACGCAGCCACAGCAUUGUCUGGGAGGGAGGGGAGAAGCUCCGCCCCUAGAGGGGAGGGGAGAAGAGGAGGGGGCAGGAGACAAGGGGAGGAAGAAAGGCGAAGGCAAGGCGAAGGGGUGGGGAAUGAUAUGAAGAGCGAGAGAAAAGAGAGGACAGCGGAUGAGCAGAUCCGGUAUCUGGAAUCCCGGCGCCUAGAACGUGUUUUUCGGGAGAGCAGAGGCUGUGUCUACGGCCGGCUGGGAUUAUACUUCUAGAGGCUGUCUGUGGCCCUCGGGUCGUGGAUCCUUCUUCCAGGAGGUCAAAUCCUUCUCACAUCGUGUCAUGGCCUCUCCUUCCGAUGAAAAGAGAAAGGAAGAAUGGACUACAGCCACCAAACGUCCCUAGUCCCAUGUGGACAAGAUAAAUACAUUUCCAAAAAUGAACUUCUCUUGCAUCUGAAGACCUACAACUUGUACUAUGAAGGCCAGAAUUUACAGCUCCGGCAUCGGGAGGAAGAAGACGAGCUCAUCGUGGAGGGGCUCCUGAACAUCUCCUGGGGCCUGCGCCGGCCCAUUCGCCUGCAGAUGCAGGAUGACAACGAACGCAUUCGGCCCCCUCCGUCCUCCUCCUCCUGGCACUCUGGCUGUAACCUGGGGGCUCAGGGAACCACCCUGAAGCCCCUGACUGUACCCAAAGUUCAGAUCUCAGAGGCGGAUGCCCCGCCGGAGGGUGACCAGAUGCCAAGCCCCACAGACUCCCGGGGCCUGAAGCCCCUGCAGGAGGACACCCCACAGCUGAUGCGCACACGCAGUGAUGUUGGGGUGCGUCGCCGUGGCAAUGUGAGGACGCCUAGUGACCAGCGUCGAAUCAGACGCCACCGCUUCUCCAUCAACGGCCAUUUCUACAACCAUAAGACGUCCGUGUUCACACCAGCCUAUGGCUCUGUCACCAACGUCCGCAUCAACAGCACCAUGACCACCCCACAGGUCCUGAAGCUGCUGCUCAACAAAUUUAAGAUUGAGAAUUCAGCAGAGGAGUUUGCCUUGUACGUGGUCCAUACAAGUGGUGAGAAACAGAAGCUGAAGGCCACCGAUUACCCACUGAUUGCCCGAAUCCUCCAGGGCCCAUGUGAGCAGGUCUCCAAAGUGUUCCUAAUGGAGAAGGACCAGGUGGAGGAAGUCACCUAUGACGUGGCCCAGUAUAUAAAGUUUGAGAUGCCGGUACUUAAAAGCUUCAUUCAGAAGCUCCAGGAGGAAGAAGAUCGGGAAGUAAAGAAGCUGAUGCGCAAGUACACCGUGCUCCGGCUAAUGAUUCGACAGAGGCUGGAGGAGAUAGCCGAGACCCCAGCAACAAUCUGAGCCACAAGAACGAGGGGAUCUGGGCACCCCAGGAGCCGCCAUUGCCAUAAGACCCCCAGGAAGCUAGGCACUUUCUUUCCAUGGAAACAUUUAGACACAAAUCUCCCCAGCUCCGGCCAAGCCAUCAUUUGCUGCCUGGAGCUGGAUGUAGAAGUCAGCAGACAACUCCCUAUCCCUGGACCCCUGCCCUCCUUUCUUCCACUCACAAGGACUUUUGAUUUUAGUUAUAAGGAGGACCCAAAAUGUGUGUGUACAUGUGUGUGCACGCAUGGUACGUGUCCAUGUGCCUACCUGAUACUUUCACAUAUAAUUAAAUUCCAGGCAACCAGCACAAGAGCCGUGAGCCUGGCACAUGUGCUGCCCGUGAGCAGGAAAAUCAGAGGAGCCGCUGAUCUGAGUGGGAUUUAGGUUGAAGGAAAGAUUUCUCCUCUCAAGUGCCAGGGAGCAGCCACAUGUCUGCCUGUGUUUAGAAAGGGAAGAGGGUUCUCCAGGUUCACCAUCUGGGUUGUUUAUAUGUUGGUAGAAAUUCUCCCUGUAUGCCUAGAAGGAUCAGUGAAUGUAAGAGCCUUGGAAAUGAACAAAAUAACAGCCACAUAACCUUGCGGCAAGUCUGAUGGAAAGAAAAAGAUAAACCAUCCGUAGGGUAGAUGCAAUAAGCCCACAUAUUUUUACACUGGAAACCUUGAUUGUUUUAAAUGACAAAGACAUAUGUGAUGUUCUAUGUGGAAACCUGCGAAGCGUGGAUUCUGCCUCCAUCUCUGCCUCCAUGGCUACCUUUAGGAGACAGAGAAGAUCCUGUGUGUUUCUCUGUACCCAGCUGACAACCUAUCUCUCUGGCGCUUCCUUGAGUGGCAGGAAAUGUGUCAAGAAACAAAGAUCUUGCUGGUGUGUACACAGUGCUGACCAGCUAGUGUGGCCAGGGCCUGGUGGCCUGGUGGCCAGGAAGUUUCAGGUUGAAGGGAAAUGUUGAGGCUACCUGCAGAAAUGACAGGUGCCUUGAACGCAGCCCAUCUUCACGUCAUCAAAGGUCUUCCUGCACUUGAAGCUGGGGUGAUGUUUGCAGUCAAGACUUCAUUCUUUCCAACCUCUGGGUUCUUGCAAGUUGCCCUCACCUUGUGUGUGGAGAUGCAUUCCAAGAAUGAAGCCUCAUCUUGCUACUGAGUGUGGGGUUCAGGGAAGCUCUUUAGGCCACCUGGUGAAGGUGCAUGGGGAGGAUGGAGCUUCUCCUCAGCUCCUCUGUGCAGCCACCUAGGUGAUCUUUAGAUCCAACACCAAUGGGAGAAAAGGGCAAGAACAGUCUGUGCCCUGGGACUCCCAUCAGGAAGCUUGACAGGCAGCUGGGCAUCAGUGCAGCUGAUAUCGUUUGAGAGGGAGACAGAUGCUUGGACCUGGGUGCCUGGCUGUGGAGAUCGACCAAGCAAGACCAGGAGCUCCUGAUAGCAAGCAUCUCUGAGCCUAGCUGGGGUAGAGGCACUGCCCUUCUCUUCUCCACCUUCUCUCCAUGGAAGGUUUGCAGAGCUGGGCAGUUGAGGAAAGGACAGCCCCUGAUUGGUGCCUCCAAAGGAAGGUGGACCUUUUUGGUGGAGAUGCUUUUGCCCUGGGCACCCUCCUGCCCCCCAUUCAUACCUAUGGCUUCUUUAGAAGGCUCACAGCUGUGGUCUCAAUGUAGACUGCAAAAAGAUGGCAUGCUGCCCCUGGCAUUUCGCCAGUGGUUUUAUACCAAGUCUCCUUCCUCCAUGGGGACAGCAGCACCAGUCCUGUGGGGCAUGGAGUGGAAACCCAGAAGGGCUUCUGCAAACUGCACAGAAUUGGGGUAAGAAGACAAGGAGUGGGCACCGGGAGAGGCUUCCUUUGUUACAGCUGGGAAAGAACAGUUCUGUGAAUGCAAACACCUCCUGAGUUUUGCAAUUGAGAAAAUGAUUUGGAGAACUUCUCUUCUGGUAAUUUUUAUUUUGAAUGUUCAAAGCCUUAGUUGGCCCCAGUAAUUCUCCUUGGAGGACUUGGGAGAAGAAUUUCCACAAAGCAAACUACUAACCACUAGCUCUUAUUGGACAGUGAUUUCUGGCUUACAAGAGUUCUCUUUGAUUUGCACUAGCACUACGAUAGUGUUAAAUGCGGAAAUACUGCAACAUGCCCAGUUGGCCAGAUCACUUUCCAAGGGAGCAAUACUAAGGCAGACUCACCUUUUUAAAGAUGGGAAGUCAGGGGGUGGAAGUGAGAGGAGAUCCCAUCUUACACAACACACUUCCAUGUAAUGCAGACCACACUCUUCCAUUUUGUCCUGCCCUCUUGAGAGGUCAUUUCUCAUGUCCUAAGAACCUGAUCAGAAAUUUUGGAAAGGUUCUUUGAAAUAGCAGCAGCUGAAACAGACGCUUUGCCACAGUGUGGAGCAGAUUUUCUCACUGGUAUCACAUGGUCUUGUAGUUUUGAACUCUUCGACCGAUUUGUGGGAGUUUAUGUAAUUGUGUGCAAUGAACCUGAAAUUGUGUAGAGAACAAAAGACCAGUUUAUAGGGUUGGGUUUUUUUAUCCAACUUAUGAAAAGCAGUUUAGCUGCAUCUGUCUCCCGCACCCCCCACCCCCCACCCCCACCCCGGGAGGGGCUUAUGUUACAAAGUGAUCAAGUGAAGGAAUAACCUGAGCCUAUCUGGCUGGGAUGGUGGAAUUAAGCACAAGGUCACAUUCUCUGUGAUCACAUGAGAGGGAAGGUGAUGACUUAAAUGGCCGGGGGGUGGGGAUUAUCUUGGGGAGAGGCUGAAAAGCACAAAAGAUAGUCUUGCCUGUACGUAUUGGUGAAGAAUGUGCACAAGGCUGGAUUGACUUCAACUUGGAGUUGAGUUGAGGCAAGAGGAUUUCUGGAUAUUAGUCACCCAUCUGCAAGAAAAAUGCUGAGACCUCGGGUCAAGAUUUUGCUCUGAGACAUGCUGAUGCUUCAAGGAAAAAUAUUUUCACAAUCGUCUCUUCCCUCACCAAAAGAAAACAGUACUCUCUCCUAGAAACCUCUAGAGAAACACAUUUUAUCCUAAUAUCGGUAGCAUAUAAUGCCCCCCGAAAAAAUCUGUUUUCCAUGCAGAAAAGUCUCAACAAGAAUUCUGUGGAGUUGAGUGGUUAUUUCAAAGUCUCAGGAGGGUGGAGAGAGAAACUGG